AAUCGAUCUGCUGUCAAUCUUGGAGAAGUCGUCGAUCGGGCGCUUGCAGCGGAUGCGGCUAUGCCUCUUCCUCUCGUUCUCAGCAAAUGUGGCGCUCCGACCUCGUCCCGUCGUCUGCUAUAAAACGCCCCUCCGAGCCACCCCGUCGCACGCAUCUCUUCCUCGUGGUCUUAAAGAGGGAAGCAGCCGGCAGCCAUAUCCAUCGUGCAAGGCAGCGGAAUGGACCCCUUCGCGCAGGGGCUGUGGGACUCGUCCUCCGCGGCGCCACCGGCGGCGGCGGCCGAGCUCCCCGGCAUGCAGGUCGACUGGAAGGAGACGGGGGAGGUACACGUUAUCAAGGCGGACCUGCCGGGAGUGCGGCGGGAAGAGGUGAAGGUGGAGCUGGAGAGCGGAGGCCGGGUGCUCCAGAUCAGCGGGGAGCGCCGCCGCGAGGUGCAGGAGACGGGCGACACCUGGCGCCAGGUGGAGCGGAGCAGCGGCAGGUUCAUGCGCCGCCUCUCGCUACCGGACAACGCCAAGGUGGAGGGGGUGAAGGCGUCCAUGGAGCACGGGGUGCUCACCGUAGUGGUUCCCAAGGCGGAGGUCAACCAGCCCCGUAUCGAGUCCGCCCAGAUGUCCGGUUGAAGCUAAUCGCUCGACCGUCAUGGAAGCUCAUGCACCAGUUGGCAUCCAAGCGCUUGGUGUCUUCCAUCAUAAUAAACCUUUAUUAGAUAUUAUUAUUAUUAUUAUUAUUAUUAUUAUUAUUAUUAUUAUUAUUAUUAUUAUUAUUAUU